AUGCGCGCCCCUUUCAUUGUUCUGCCUCUACUCGCCAUCGGCGUAGCGUCCGACUCAAUCCUGGAGUCCCUCGGAUUUGGCAUGUUAGAAUCAGGCAGCCUGCUGCAAAAAUACUCUCGACUACUCCGACGACAGUCGUCAAGCAACGGGACCUGUCGUCUCAGCCUCCAAACCGAUAUCUGGACCAGCUGCGCCGCUCUGCUCUCUGAAUUCAACCUCACUUUGGAUUACUUCAAGAGUGCAAAUCCCAACAUCGGUGCGAAUUGCGCCAAUUUCCAACCUGGGGCUACUUACUGCCUCUCUGUCCCAAGUGGGAGCCCAAUUCCGGUGUCCACGAAUGGUUUGUGUGGUGCGCAGCAGAAUUGGACGAAUACUUGUAUUGGAAGCUCAGCUGGAGCUUGUUGUGGAAUUGGUGGCUUUUGUGGUACUGGGGAAAUCUUUUGCGGCCUCGGAGUUUGCCAAGAGGGCACUUGCGAUGGUGCACCUAUUCCAUAUUCCACAGAUGGUACCUGCGGCAGCCAAAUUCAAUGGACCGAGUGUCCUCCCCAAUUUGGAGACUGUUGUUCCGAGUUUGGAUUCUGUGGAAAUGGAACCACAUUCUGCGGCACCGGAUGCCAGAGCGGUACCUGUACUGAUUCGACUGUAACUACAACCACUACAACCACGAGUGCCCACCCUACUCAGACUGCAGGAUCGAUUUCCACGGACGGAACCUGCGGGUUUAGCGGCGGUCUGAUUUGCAAAGGCUCGACGUUUGGCAGUUGUUGUUCGUCAGCAGGAUAUUGUGGCUCGACCGAGUAUGCAUGUUUAGAUAUUCUAGGAUGCACGGCAAGCGUUCCCACCAGCAGCAGCGCAGCAGCAACGAAGACCAGCAGCGGCACGACCACGAUCAUCUUUUCCACCGCCCCGGGUCCGACUCAGACCGGGAUUGCAGCCAACUGCAAUGCAUGGGUUCUGCAGACCCCCGGGCUCUUCUGCGCCGAUCUCGCCACUGAAGCCGGAAUCUCGCUUUCUCUCUUCUACACGCUCAAUCCCGCCGUCAAUAACGCCAAGGGGGACUGUCAAGGUCUUCUUGCCGGCGAUGCAUAUUGUGUUGGGACCACCACGACAUCAUCCUCCGUUAACGAGCAGCACGGCAACGUCAACGGGUACUAA